AUGUUGUUGGAGAGGGCAGGCCAAGAGGCCCUGAGACCCCCAGGUGCCAUCUGAAUGGAGAAAAGCGGCUGUAGUCCGUUUCCAGUGUGUUGGGCUAAAGAAUAUGACAGAUACCUAGCAUCUAGCAAAAGAAUGGCAGCUGCUUAUCUUGACCCAAACUUGAAUCAUACACCAAGUUCAAGUGCUAAGACUCACCUGGGUACUGGCAUGGAACGGUCCCCUGGUACAAUGGAGCGAGUAUUAAAGGUCUUUCAUUAUUUUGAAAGCAGUAGUGAGCCAACCACCUGGGCCAGUAUUAUCAGGCAUGGAGAUGCUACUGAUGUCAGGGGCAUUAUUCAGAAGAUAGUGGACAGUCACAAAGUAAAGCACGUGGCCUGCUAUGGAUUUCGCCUUAGUCACCUGCGAUCAGAGGAAGUUCACUGGCUGCAUGUGGAUAUGGGAGUCUCCAGCGUGAGGGAGAAAUACGAACUCGCCCACCCACCAGAGGAGUGGAAAUAUGAAUUGAGAAUUCGUUACUUGCCAAAAGGAUUUCUAAACCAGUUUACUGAAGAUAAGCCGACGUUGAAUUUCUUCUAUCAACAGGUGAAGAGUGACUACAUGCUAGAGAUAGCUGAUCAAGUAGACCAGGAAAUAGCUUUGAAGUUGGGUUGUCUGGAAAUUAGGCGAUCCUACUGGGAGAUGAGGGGCAACGCCCUAGAGAAGAAGUCCAACUACGAAGUGUUAGAAAAAGAUGUUGGUUUAAAGAGAUUUUUUCCUAAGAGUUUACUGGAUUCUGUCAAGGCCAAAACACUAAGAAAACUGAUCCAGCAAACAUUUAGGCAGUUUGCCAACCUUAAUAGAGAAGAAAGUAUUCUGAAAUUCUUUGAGAUUCUCUCUCCAGUGUACAGAUUUGACAAAGAAUGCUUCAAGUGUGCACUUGGGUCAAGUUGGAUUAUUUCAGUGGAACUGGCGAUUGGCCCAGAAGAAGGGAUCAGCUACCUGACAGACAAGGGCUGCAAUCCUACACACCUAGCAGACUUCAACCAAGUACAGACCAUUCAGUAUUCAAAUAGUGAAGACAAGGACAGGAAAGGAAUGCUACAACUCAAAAUUGCUGGUGCCCCUGAGCCUCUGACAGUGACGGCACCAUCCCUAACCAUUGCAGAGAACAUGGCUGACCUGAUCGACGGAUACUGCCGGCUGGUAAAUGGAGCCACACAAUCCUUCAUCAUCAGACCACAGAAAGAAGGUGAACGGGCACUGCCAUCAAUACCAAAGUUGGCCAACAGUGAAAAGCAAGGCAUGCGGACACAUGCUGUCUCUGUGUCAGAUGAAAUUAGUGGGGACGAGACAGAUGACUACGCUGAGAUCAUCGAUGAGGAAGAUACAUACACCAUGCCCUCGAAAAGCUAUGGAAUAGAUGAAGCCAGGGAUUAUGAGAUUCAGAGAGAAAGAAUAGAACUCGGACGCUGUAUUGGAGAAGGUCAGUUUGGAGACGUACAUCAAGGCGUGUACCUGAGCCCAGAGAAUCCAGCUUUGGCUGUUGCAAUCAAAACAUGUAAAAACUGUACUUCGGACAGCGUGAGAGAGAAGUUCCUUCAAGAAGCCUUAACAAUGCGUCAGUUCGACCAUCCUCACAUCGUGAAGCUGAUUGGAGUCAUUACAGAGAACCCCGUCUGGAUAAUCAUGGAGUUGUGCACGCUUGGAGAGCUGAGGUCAUUUUUGCAAGUAAGGAAGUACAGCUUGGAUCUGGCAUCUUUGAUCCUAUAUGCCUAUCAGCUUAGUACAGCACUCGCGUAUCUGGAAAGCAAAAGAUUUGUUCACAGGGACAUUGCUGCUCGGAAUGUUCUGGUGUCCUCAAAUGAUUGUGUAAAAUUAGGAGACUUUGGAUUAUCCCGAUAUAUGGAAGACAGUACUUACUAUAAAGCUUCCAAAGGGAAAUUGCCUAUUAAAUGGAUGGCUCCAGAGUCAAUCAAUUUUCGACGUUUUACCUCAGCUAGUGACGUGUGGAUGUUUGGUGUGUGUAUGUGGGAGAUACUGAUGCACGGCGUGAAGCCUUUUCAAGGCGUGAAGAACAAUGAUGUGAUCGGGCGAAUUGAAAAUGGGGAAAGAUUACCAAUGCCUCCAAAUUGUCCUCCCACCCUCUACAGCCUUAUGACGAAGUGCUGGGCCUAUGACCCCAGCAGGCGGCCCAGGUUUACUGAACUUAAAGCUCAGCUCAGCACAAUCCUGGAGGAAGAGAAGGCGCAGCAAGAAGAACGGAUGAGGAUGGAGUCCAGAAGACAGGCGACAGUGUCCUGGGACUCUGGAGGGUCUGAUGAAGCCCCACCCAAGCCCAGCAGACCUGGUUAUCCUAGCCCAAGGUCCAGUGAAGGAUUUUAUCCCAGCCCACAGCACAUGGUCCAGACCAAUCACUACCAGGUUUCUGGCUACCCGGGUUCCCAUGGAAUCCCAUCCAUGGCAGGCAGCAUUUACCCAGGUCAGGCAUCUCUUCUGGACCAGACAGAAUUGUGGAAUCAUAGACCCCAGGAGAUGUCCAUGUGGCAGCCGGGUGUGGAGGACUCGGCAGCUUUGGACCUUCGAGGGAUGGGACAGGUGCUUCCCCCUCACCUGAUGGAAGAGCGCCUUAUCCGACAGCAACAGGAAAUGGAAGAGGACCAGCGCUGGCUGGAGAAGGAAGAGCGAUUUCUGAAACCUGACGUGAGGCUCUCUCGAGGCAGCAUCGACAGGGAGGACGGGAGUUUUCAGGGUCCGACUGGAAAUCAGCACAUCUAUCAGCCUGUGGGGAAACCAGAUCCUGCAGCUCCACCAAAGAAACCACCACGCCCUGGAGCGCCUGGUCACCUAAGCAACCUGGCCACCAUCAGCAACCCUGGGGACAGCUACAAUGAGGGUGUCAAGCUUCAGCCCCAGGAAAUCAGCCCUCCUCCCACUGCCAACCUGGACCGGUCCAAUGACAAGGUAUAUGAGAACGUGACGGGCCUAGUGAAAGCUGUCAUCGAGAUGUCCAGCAAAAUCCAGCCAGCUCCUCCGGAGGAGUAUGUCCCUAUGGUGAAGGAAGUUGGCCUGGCCCUGCGGACCUUACUAGCCACUGUGGAUGAGACCAUUCCAAUCCUCCCAGCCAGCACGCAUCGAGAGAUUGAGAUGGCGCAGAAGCUGCUGAACUCUGACUUGGGUGAGCUCAUCAGCAAGAUGAAGCUGGCUCAGCAGUACGUCAUGACCAGUCUGCAGCAGGAGUACAAGAAGCAGAUGCUGACAGCUGCUCAUGCCCUGGCUGUGGACGCCAAGAAUCUCCUGGAUGUCAUUGAUCAAGCAAGACUGAAGAUGCUCGGGCAGACACGGCCACAUUGAGCCACUGGACACUGGACACGGCUUUCUGCCCUUUUGGAGAUCUUCUCUAGCAUUCCACCAGCAGUGAGGAAGUAACCGUUUCCUCCUCGGACGCCUGCACUCACAACUCCAACUGAAUGACAGCUAUCUGAAAGUCUCUCUCAUAUAAGUUUAACCACUUAUGUGUGGUUUUGAGUUUGUUAUUUUUCUAAAUAAUAUUCAGAAACAUCAGGAUCCAAAAUGGCAUUUUUCUGAGAAUGAAGAUUGUACAUUAAGAAGCUUUUAAAAAACACUUGGUGUUGGAAUUGGGAUGUGUGCUCUUGGGAGUGGUAGUUCCUACUGACCGUGGCUGCAAGGUGGAAGAGGACUGUCUGAAGAGGGAGGGCUCCCCAAGGCCGCAGAGGUGGGCCUUCCUCCUGCCAGGGUCCCUCUCCAGGCUGGGCUGCAAUAUGCUAAUCUCGUUUACAGAGAAAGUGCAUAAAAGCUAUAUUUUGAAGACUAAGUGUUUUCGGAAGAAAACUUCUUCCCUCCCUGUCUCCACCUAUUUCUUUGCAGUGGAUACUGAAGCAUUGAAUUGUGAACUGUCUGUAGAACUGAUGGAAAAACUCUUAUCUUUCCUCACCAGAAUUCUGUGCCAGUUUUUUGUAGCAAUGUAAUUUUUCUUGGGAGCAGAAAUGCUUUGUACCAGAGCACUCCCAACUGCAUCAAGAAGUUCCAGAACCAUCCCUGUUCUCCAUUUUUAUAUAAUUUAUAAGAAUGAUUAAAGCCAUGUUGACUCUUACAGCCACUAGAGCUAACUGAUCUUCAUUGCGUCUGUCUUCCCAGAGAGGACCCCCACAGGACAGACAGGGAGGACCCCCACAGGACAGACAGGGGUGUGGUUCUCUUUACAAGUCCAGUGUCACACCGUGCACUCUGUUAGACAAUUUUGAAAGCAUACCUUCCCUUUAGUUUGUCAAGGGAUAUAAAUUAUUCUCAGGAAGAAUAUAAUGAAUUGUACAGUUACUCUGACCUAUUAAAAAGGUGGCGCCAGUAAA